AUGGCCUCCCUUUUUAACUCGUUCAAUGGAGAUACAAUGACUGAGCAGAAAUUUGAAGUUUCAUUGUUCCUGGAUUUGCUCAGUCAAGCUGAAGAAUUCAGUUUUGACCCUCCAGUUCAGGAUCACUUAUCGGUUAAGGAGGGUAUUGCCGUAAUAGGUGCCAUUGGUGAAUUGGUGAGAAUGAAGAUAGAAUCAACCAAUUGCUGGAUUGCCUUCACUUUUUAUGUUGAAGGGAAAAAGAUCAACUUCAGCAUUGAUCUUUUUCAUCGUGAUUCGCCACUAUCUCCACUUUAUAACUCUUCUCUAACUCCAUAUGAGCUGAUGAGAAAGGCUGUGCUACGUUCCUAUAGUCGAGUCAACUUUCUUCGCACAUCUAUGCAUAUUGAUGAUAAGCAAUAUGUGUCAUCGCUCAGUGAAUAUCAAGGUCAAUAUUUCAUAGAGGUUUAUAUUGGAUCCCCACCCGUUGCAUUCCAUCUGAUUGCUGACACCGGAAGUAGCCUCAUAUGGGUAAAAUAUUCUCAAGAUUAUAAGCCACACCACUUUUAUCCACCAAGUUCAUCCACCUAUCAAAAAGUUUCUUAUAACUCAGAAUUUUGCAAGGCUUUGGGCAAAAGAAAUGCUGGGGACUCAGAGAGUUGCGAAUAUGAUCGUUCUUACCCGGAUGGUUCAUAUACGUCAGGAAUCCUAGGCAAGGAAACUUUCCAUUUAAAUCUCACCACACAUGGAUCACAUCCUUUUGACGGAAUAGUGUUCGGAUGUAGUAAAGAACAUUACUUAUACGGAGGGAAUAGUAAAUUUCAAGGUAUUGUUGGCCUCGGAGCAGGAGUAUUAUCGUUAGUUUCUCAAUUGAAAUCUAAAAUAGAAUCCAAAUUCUCCUAUUGCUUAGUUCCCAUCACUUCAAAGAAAACUAAUAAGUUGAGAUUUGGAGCAGGAGAAAUGAUUUCUGGGGUAGAGGUUGUUUCAACUCCAAUUGUACUUAAACAUCCUCCUAAUCACUACUAUGUCAGUCUUGAAGGUAUUAGCAUUGGAGGAAAUAAAGCAAUCACAGGUCAUCGUCGAGGUAAAUAUAUCAUGAUAGAUUCUGGAACUUUUCUUACAAUGUUACACUCAAGCCUAUAUAAUAAUCUCGAACCCAUUGUUAAAAAUGCAAUCGAUGGUACCCCAAUAGAAAAUCCAUCGGAAAAUUUUAAAUUGUGUUAUGAAACCAAAUCUAUUAGACUUAACGACCUCCCAAAAAUGGUGUUCCAUUUUGAAGAUGCAGACAUUCACCUACUACCUGUUCACACAUUUAUGCAACGUCCUGGUGAUGUGGUUUGUAUGACAAUAGUCCCAAAUGAUAAUCUUUCGAUACUUGGAAGUAUGGCACAAGUGAACUUUCUAGUGGAAUUUGACCUCCAAAAUAAAAAAGUUUCUUUCGCUAGAGUGGUCCAUCACUUGCUGUUUAUAGCAACAAGUGCCGGAGAGAUUGAUUCCGAACCUGGUAUUUCUUUUCAUUUCCAGCCUCAUGUGAAACUAACAAUAUCAAUCGGUGGCAUUGACUACAAUACUGAACUGAUUGUUGUUCAUGCCAUAGUGAGUAAUGGAUAUGUAUCAAAAAGGUCAGCGGGCAAACCAAGUGCCAUAUCCACUUGGUUAACCUUUAAACAUCAGCUGGGCAUAUCAGAAUUAAUGCUUGGAAUGCCUGUAGGUCUACCGAAAGGGACUCUGAAAAAUAUCAUUAAUCAUUCACUUAGGUAG